AUGCCAAGGAGAAAAAACAAAAGGGAUGCCAAGAAGGGCCAUGGGUACAUCCAGCACAAAUGCACUAGCUGUUCUUGCUGCUUCCUGAAAGAGCAGGUAUCUGAAGCAUCCAUCUAUGAUUGUUGUGUGCUGUCCAAGCUGUGCGUGAAGCUCCACUAUGUCCUCAGCUGA